GUAGAAGUUGUGGAAACCAAUACUCCCUUCCCCGAAAAAACCAACAUCACCGAAGCUCUCUCUAUAUAAAACCUCAACCACCACCCACCCGCCCCACCCUAAACUCCGAAUUGCAUCGCCAUGAGUUAUUACAAUCAGUCACAACCACCCGUCGGUGUUCCUCCACCUCAAGGUUAUCCACAAGACGGAUAUGCAAAAGAUGCGUACCCUCCACCAGGGUAUCCACCACAAGGCUACCCACAACAAGGGUAUCCCCCUCAACAAUACGCACCCCAGUACGCGCCACCCCAGUACGCGCAGCAGCCACCGCAACAACAGAAACAGAGCAGCGGUUGUCUAGAAGGCUGUUUGGCUGCUCUUUGCUGCUGCUUUCUUUUGGACGCAUGCUUCUAAAGGAAGGAUAUGAAUUGUUUCUUUGGGUUGAAGAAGAUUGUGUAAUCCGUGUUUGGUGUUUUUUGGUUUGUAAAUUUCAUGGAAACAUCGGAGUUGGUGCCGUGCUUGUUUUGUAUAAAGAAGACUAAUGCUAUUAUUCAUCGGAGAUGUAUUAAGGUUUUGGUUUCAAACGUUGUAUAUUUGGUGGUAGCUCCUUGCUACAAUGAAUAAAA